AUGACACCUCGCUGGUUAUUGGGAACUCCAUGCGGAAAACUUCAUACCGGUCAGAUUUCUCAGUUUGAAUUUCUUGUUGCAAUGCCAUUGUCGUCGGGGAAGAAACGCGAAAAUGUAUCGGAUGACAGCCAGGAGCUGGCUGGUCUUUUCCGCGGAAAGGCUUUGUCCAAGAACAGAAUACACGAGCUUUGA